CUGCUUUUGAGUCUCUCUCUGUCCGUGCCGUGUGGUCGCCGCCAGAAGAAGCAAUCGGAGACGCUACCGGUUCGACGCCGCGCCGACUCAGUCACCGUCGGAAGUUCAGUAGCCUCUGAUGGAUCUUGAGACAGAGAACAGAAUAGCUGCGAUUCUUAUGAGAGAAGCAGCAGAAUUGCGCCGCCAAGCUGACAAGGAAGGUGUGCAUGCUUAUCUUGAACAACCUAAAUCAAGAUUCAGGCCAAAUUCACGGUUCCUCAGUGCUACUGUUCGUGGUGUUGAACAAGCAAAUAAAGCUGUGGAAGUUAAUGAAAUGUGGCGCAUCCGACAGAAAGAGCUUGAAUUGGAUGAAAGGCGUAAAGGCAAAAUGCAGGAGAGCAGAAAUGACAGGAACCCCGGAAAUGGUAGCACUCUGAGAAGCACUAGUCACGCUGCCAUAGAUGAUAAUGCUCAUGCUACUUGUUCAUCAAACCAAAGAGCAGAUGAGAGUUGCCAUUCAAGGGAAGAGAGUGGAUUAAGAGAAGAAGAACUUGAAGAAUUUUUACAUUCAAGGGUCAAGCGUGGCAGAGGUGCUGUUGGGUCAAGGAUGGAUGAAACAGGUCCGUAUCUACCACGUUCAAACACCGAGGAACAGUUAACCCAUCCAGGUGUACAAGAACGUCGUGUGUAUGGGCCAGAGAAGCCUUCACGAAAAUUAUGUGAUUCUUCUGAUGAUGAGCUUGACAACAGGAAAAGAUCAAAAAGGGUUCCUUCUGGGUGCUCUAAGAAACACAAAUCCAAGGACAAGUCGAAAGAGCGGAAAAAGAAGAGGAAAGAAGAGAAAAGAAGUAAAUAUUAAGAUUAAGGAGAGUACUGCUGCAUUUUCUACAAGGGUCACAACAUAAUGUUUCUCACUUUCUCAAAAGGUUCAUCCUAAAUUGCAAGUGGUUAGUGAAGAUUGGUUGAGAAUCGAUCAGAUUCACUUGUAACAUUAAAUUGCAAGUGCAGAAAUGCUUCAAUUACAUCAACAAAUUAAAGCACAAGCUUGGGAUGAGA